AUGCCGCCUAAGCGGAGUCGUGAUGUCCCCGCCAUUCCAGACAUCACAGAGGACCCGGUGGAGCGAAAGCGGGUGUUGAGCAUGCUAGCUCAAAGGCGUUAUCGGGAGCGAAAGAGAAAGCAAUGGGACGCGUUACAGGCUCAAGUGGAUAGGCGCAAGGACUCGAACAAUGGCUAUACUGAAACCAGGAAUUCCUUGGCCACUCCAGAGGAUGCUCAUACGACACUAAACACUUCAGGCUCUUUGGCGACUGACUUCCCGGUUGCAAUGGAUCGUCUUCCUUUGGAUUGCGGUGGCCUUGGAGAUUACUGUCCUGAUCUCAUGGUCGAGACAGUCGGCCGGACGUCUCUAGAAAUUCCCGUGGUAGCACCCAGCAUGGACCUUCUUCCUGACUCCUUAUCCCCCAGUCAGCUCUUGGCACUCUCUCAGUCUGGUCAAUUCCCAUCAGUCGCUACACAAGACAUGUCUCUAUUUGCUUUCCCUGCCUCACAGGGCCCGUUUUUGACAUCCUCCCUGCCAGACCUGAUACUUCCCUACCAACCGGAGGGAAACAUCCCGCACAUGUUGCAGCUGGCCAACGUGUCUGAGAAUAACUCGAGUCUGUCAGAGCAGCUUCAAGAAUACCAAACGUCGACCUUCUCCUUUCCAGACGACCAUCACCUCGAGAUUCCAUCACUCAAGCUCCUCAAUGCUGCGAUGAAGGUUGCAGAGCGGUUGAACAUGGCUGAAAUGUUGUGGGAUCUCUCCGCAGUGAGUCCAUUCUACAGAGCUGCCACAGGCCCGCAUUCAGUCUCCACACCCCCGUCUCUGGUGUCUAGUUCCUCCUCCCCAUCUUCAAUUACGUCCCACACAGAUGAUCAUGGUGGAGACACAAUCGAACUCCCCCGUCACCUCCAGCCGACCACUUCCCAGCGUUUCAUUCCCCAUCAUCCCAUCUUGGAUCUCAUUCCCUGGCCCAAUACCCGGGACAAGCUCAUCCAGGUAUUCAAUCUACCACCGGCGAUGCGUCCAAAACCUGCCCAGGACCCCAUCGGCCUUCUGCGACUCGUAUAUGAUAUGGAGGAUGUUGGGGGAGAAGGGAUCAGAGUCCAGGGAGGUGAUGCGUUUACAGUAAACGCCUGGGAGAUUGGACAAACAAUAUUCGAGCGGUGGUGGUGGGCUUUUGACCGGGACAUUGUGGAACGAAGUGAUUAUGCAAGAAGUCUGAGGGGGGAGAAACCGUUGAGAAUAGGGGAGUCAGAGCCUACAGUUUGA